UUUCUUGUUUGUCCGUUCACAUUCCUUACUGCUUACCAACUCCCCUAUAUACAGCCGAGCUGUUGGCAAAAUACUGGAGCUUUUAAGUCUGCUUCAUCAAAUUGUGAAAAACAAGGAAAGGGACUGUAUUUCCCAGGAAGAAAGAUCGAGUUUUUCUGAUCUUCAUAGCUUGGUAUUAUGCACAGAUCUGGAGUGACGAUGGCGUGGAACGUGUUCAGGUUCUGUACCGCCUUGAGGGGUCUGGGCUCGAUCAUGAUCCUGUUGGUUCUUGGGGUUGUGGGUGUCACAUACUAUGCUGUUGUUUUGACAAAUUAUGGUCCAGCUUUGUACGAGGGUGGCCUUGAUUCUGUUACUGCUCUCGCUGUUGUGAUCUUGUUUCAUUGUUUGCUAGUGAUGCUGUUGUGGAGCUACUUUUCUGUUGUUUUCACCGACCCAGGUAGUGUACCUCCUAACUGGAGGCCUGUUGUGGAUGAGGAAACAGGGGGGGCUGAUGUGUUGAAUGGAUCAGAGUUCAGUGCUUUGCACUCUGAACCAUCAAAUCAAAGGAUUCGCUAUUGUCGGAAGUGUGCCCAACCGAAACCACCAAGGUGCCAUCACUGUUCUGUUUGUGGGCGCUGUGUGCUGAAGAUGGACCAUCAUUGUGUGUGGGUUGUGAACUGUGUUGGUGCCCUAAACUACAAGUUUUUCCUUCUUUUCUUGUUCUACACGUUUCUUGAGACAACUCUUGUGACUUUGGCCUUAUUGCCACAUUUUAUAGCAUUCUUUAGUGAUGGAGAAAUUCCUGGAACACCAGGCACCCUUGCCACCACUUUUCUUGCCUUUGUUUUGAACCUGGCAUUUGCAUUGAGCGUGUUGGGGUUCUUAAUCAUGCACAUAUCACUGGUGGCUGCUAACACUACAACUAUAGAGGCAUACGAGAAGAAAACCACUCCAAAAUGGCGUUAUGAUCUUGGUCGAAGAAAAAAUUUUGAACAGGUUUUUGGCACAGACAGACGAUACUGGUUCCUUCCAGCAUACUCUGACGAAGAUUUACGGAAGAUACCAGCACUUCAGGGUCUUGAAUACCCAUCAAAGCCUGACUUUGAUUCCCAAGAGGUCUGAAAACCUAACUCCCAGACCAAGAAAUUUGAAAAUUCUUUUCUGGUAACUUUAGAUGCAGUGUCCCCAGAAAUCAUUCUCCUACAUCCUACCUGAUAAAUUAUCUGGCCAUUUUGGCCACCUAACAGUUCAUUUCCACGGGCAUAUUUUUGAUAAGAUGAGAGGAGAAGGGGCUCACUUUCUAGUAACAAAAAAUCAGGGAAAAGUUGCAGAUGUGGGGAUUGCUGAUGAAUGGUGAUGUUUUAAAUUUUUCAUGUUCUAAUUAUACAUAUAUUUUUUUUAUGGGAGAGUACAAGUUUAGGGUGUAGAUAGAAUGUAACUCUUCACCUUGUUGCUUGAUGCUGUGUACCUUUGUUGUAUGUUUAUUGGGGGAAAAAAAAUGAAAUAUAGAAUAACUUUUGUU